CAGGCGAUGCUGUCAGCGAAAGGAUCCUGUGUGCCUGAGUAGAAGUAACGGUCUUGACCAUCCCAUGGAGACAUAAAAUGAUAUUUAUUUCUAAGGCGUAUCAGCGGACUUGCCGGUUGUUGUUAGAAGUAGCCUAGUUAUUUUCUUUCUAUAAUACGUUAUUAUACAGGCCAAGAUAUUAGAUUAGUUAUCUGCCGGGUUUAAUCAUGCUACCGUCUUCAUCAUCGGGGCUGGUGCAGAUGGAGGGAUGUGGGGAAGAGGCGAGGGAUACCCAGAAAGUGCAGUGCAAGAGACUGACUGAAGAGAGAGAUGAAGCAGAGAGCCAGCUGAAACACAUCAAGAGAGUUUCCCAGAUGGUGAUCGAGGAGGUGAGCGUUCUGCAGACUCAGCUGGAGAUAGAGAAAUCCUGCAGAGAGAAUGCUGAGGCCCUUGCUACCAAGUUGAACAGUGAGAACAGGAAGCUGAAGUAUCUGAGCCUGUCGUCUCGGCCCUGUCUGGAUGAGAUGCUGCCUAGCAUUACAGACUGCAUUCCUCUGGAAGAGGAGACAGACACACAGGACACCAGCCCUGACCCGUACAGACAGUACCAACAGCAGGUCAAAGAGCUCCAGGAGACAGUGAGCAGUUUGCUGGAGGAGAAGAAGUGGCUUGCCUGUCAGCUUCAGGAGCAGCAGAGACAGGUUGAAGAGCUAACCGCCCUGGCUGAGAAGGAGCAAGCUGAAAUGAAGGAGCUUCGCAAAACCAUCGAGCAGCAAAGCAAGACCAUCAAGAGUUUCAAUAGAGUGUCUGUGAUGGCUACUACAGAGUAUGAGGAGAUGAAGGAGCAGCUGGAUUUGGAGCAGAGCCUGAGGGUGAAGGCUGAGACCUACGCCCACGAGAUGUUGGUGAAGCAGAAAGAGGCUAACAGACAGAGUAUGAUCCUGCUGCAGAACGCUGACCCCAGCCUUCAGCUCAUCAAGGCUCUGGAGGACGUGGCUAAUGUUACCAAGACUCUGGAGCAUGAGAGACUGCUGCAUCACCAGAAGGUGAAGGCUCUGGAGACUGAGCUACAGGAGGACACGUUGAAACAGCAGACAGCAGAGCUGCAGAGCCAGCUGGAACUGAUAGAGGAAGAGAAGAGAGAGACAGAGGGACGUCUGCAGGACGUAGAAAAGAAGAACUGUGACCUGGAGAAAAGAGUGCAAGAGCUGCUGCAGGUCCAGAAGAACACUGUGCCCUCACCAGGCCCUGAACCAGGGACCGCCCCACCCCCCGCCCCUGUUCCCCAGCCCCCUCCACCCCCACCACCACCCCCUCCCCCUCCUCCACCCCCUCCCCCAUCGCGAUGCAACCCCCUCAGCUCACUGAUUGCAAUUAUGAGGAAAUCAACCAAGGGUUCAAAGGGGGCAUCCCCGAAGUUGGAGCAAGCUCCUGAUGGAGGUGCAGAAGGAGGUACAGAAGGAGGUGCAGAAGGAGGUUCAGAUGACGUCAAAGUGAAGGCAGUGAAUGAGAUGAUGGAGAGGAUUAAACAUGGAGUGGUUCUGAGGCCUGUCAAGGGAGGAGACACUAAGAGAGUUGCCGUAAAAAAACCUCCAGUAAUUGAAGAAAAGCUGCCACAGGAGAGUGCCAUGGAAGAACUGAAAGGCAUUCUGGAGACGGUGAAGAAGAGUCCCAGUCGGGGGUCUCAGGAGUCGGUCCCGUCCCCCUCAGGGAAGAGCCCUGUCAGCAGUGAGCUGGAGGUCAUUCUUAGGAGGAGACGUAAACAGGCCUGCGACUCUGGAGAAGGAGAUGAGAGCAGGGACGGACAAAUAAGCAAGGUGUCCUCCUCUGACAGCCUGAAUGGGAGGCACAGCCAGAGCUCCCACAGCUCCGACAGCUCAGGCAAAGAGCCAGAGGGGCCUAUAGGGCCAGGGCCUGGGCAGAGCCCCAGAGAGCCAGCCUCCCCCAGCGGAAGGGGCCCCGGCCCAGCUGUAGCAGCCAGGCGCAGGUCAGACUCUGGCCAAGAGCCCCAAGCAGGGUCCUGGCAGGACAGGAGGUCCCGUACCUCUUUGUCUGAGAAAGAGGCCUACUCUGAGGCACCGGUCACCAAUGGAUGCAUUGUCAGUGGGGAGGAGCCUGAGAAGCAGAAGCCUGAGAAAUGGGCACCACAGUCCAACGGAGUCAGCCACGCUAACCCCAGGCUGAGUGUGGAGUCGGACACGCAUGCCUCACUCUCUCCCAGCCUUUCCGCAGGGCCCAACCCACUCAACGGGAACGGGAACACGGAUGCAGAGUGUUGAAGGUCGGCUCCAGAGGUCCCUGGCAACCAGGAAGGAAGGCUGAGGAAAGCUACACAAUUUGCACAGAAUCUCAGUUAUCUGCAGUUAGAGACACUUAAUUAAAAAAAGCUUUAGGUUAUUUUAUUUUAUGCACAAACUAUCUCGAUCUGAUGUGACUUUUUGUCAUCAUCUGAUGGAAUGCACUGUUUUAGAAUCCAACCUUUUUUUUAAAUCAGUUUCUCUCUUCUUCUUUAUAGUGAACAGGAAUUGAAUGAUACUUCUAAUCUAUGGCACAAACUAAUUUGAUUCUAGUUCUGCUUCUUCCUUACUCUUCCUGAAUCUAAAGAACACACUACCCUACCGUAAGACUUUCAGUAAAGUUACUGCUUACUUUAUGCAGCAAAAGCACCACCUAAACAUCAACAAAGAACAAUGUUUAAGAUCUGGGUCAUUAUAAGCAAAUAGAAACAGAUAUUGCACAUUAUUUAGGCGAUUUUGCGAUUUAAAGCUGGAGCUCUGUUUCAGUUUGUGGAUGCAAAUGAAAGCCAUGCACGUGUUUCAAUCAAAGUAGCCUACCAUCCUUGAGGAAUGAGGUGCUUGUGUACUCAGUCUACCUCGUAUUAGACACACUUGCCUCUUGACUAUCCUAAAUUGUAUUUAAAGGGAAAAACAUGAUAUAUUAUCAUCUUUCAUGCAAUGGCACAACAUGUGUAAAUGUCCUCCACCUACAUUCCCAAGCUGUAUAAGGUGAUUUGUUCAUAUUUGCUGGGAUACUCCCAUUGUUUCUUUACUGCUGUAACCUGGAUUUCAUCCUAUGUGUAUUCCCCACCUGUAUGAUGUUAGUAGGUAAUGCUUUCAGAUACAACCUAAAACAGUACAACCUAAAACAACUGGAUUAAACAGUAUGCAAACUUAACUGAUACAGCAACUUCAUCUAAUAAAUAAAUACAUUUGAAGGCUCAUAGGACAUUCAUUCUCACACCCAUCAUGACAUUGUAAAUGUUUCUUAAAAACAUAGAAACAACAUUGAGAGCAUUGACUCUAUUGUAAGUCAUUUCUAUGAGGCCUUCUUUCAUCAAAAUGAAAGGAAAUCUUGUUUUCCAGAUGCAAUGAUCAUCAUUUUCUCAAUUCCAUCUUUAUUCAUCAGGAAAGCAGCUAAUCAAAAAGGAAAUAACUAGACUGAGUUUGUGUGAAUCUUGAUAUUGUGUGUUUGGGAUUUUAAAAGUGUUAUGUUUUUUUUAAAACAUUUACAUUGAUGUUCAUUCAUCACUUGUAUGAAAUAAAAUUACAAUUCAA